AUGAAUACAGAUGCAGAAAACCACAACAAUACUGCAUCGGCUAGUAAAGAUAAAGUUAUUAACAAGUUUUGCUUUUUUCUUCCCCCAUUAGCUGAGGAUGGUUUCUUAGGACAAUACAGUGCUGUGUUUAAUGCAUGUGAUGAUGUCUGGACUUUGUCACCUGGAGUUUCUGUGCCUGCCCUUAAAAACUUCACCGUUUGCAUUUCCCUGAAACUAAACACUACUGAAAAUUCUUGGACUGCAUUUGUCUACAACAAAAAGGAACUUAAUGGCACUCCAUCUGGAAACACCUAUGAACUUGGACUUGCAGGAAAGCAUGACAAAUUGACUUUUUGGGUAUUUGGCAAUGAAAUAACUUUGGCGGAAGGACUGGAUGAGCACACCUGGUAUCAAAUAUGCAUAAGAUGGAGAAGUGAACUGCAGGAAGUAAGUUUAUAUAUAAAUGACCAAGAGAAAAAAACAGAAAAAUUAUCUAAAGUUGGGGAACUUGAACUUCACCCAAAUGGCCAGCUUUUACUUGGCUGCUCAGAGAUGCCAGGAGUGUCUUCGCCUUCUCCAGAGGGGAUGGUUGGUGAACUGUAUAUGUUCAGAAUGUGGGCUACAGCAGACAUAGAUCAUAUGCAAGACUGCCAGGAUGGCACCAUUAUAUGCUGGAGGAAGGAGCACUGGAUCCAUAACAAGACAGCACGCUAUAACAACUCUUUGCCUUGUGCUAAUGCUAAAAAAGGCCGGUCAAGAUCACAAGCAGAUCCAGUAACCACCCCAGCGGAUUCAUCCAUUGUCACUUUUCUCAACUACCCCAACAGUGCUACAGGAACGGAAUUUCCAGAAAAUAAUGUAUGCAAUUUAGCAGCCCUGUGUAAAGACUCAAUCUUCUACACAGGAACGAUGAGAUUUCAGACCAGUGACAACAGCACGGAUGAUUCAUUUAAACUAAAAGUGCACUUUUCUAGAGACAAUACUAGUGAGGUUACAAAGCUCCAGAUGCCAUUUAUUCAGCCCUCCUUGCAGGAUCUAAAAAUUUCAGAUUUCAACAGUACACUUCAGAGAUUAAGUGAGUUAUCUUUCAUGCAAUGUGAUGCAGAAAACCAAAGUACAUCAGAUUGCAGUUUCAUUGUAAAGUUGGACACAAGAAUGAACAUAAGCAGGGUACUGGCAUAUUUACAAGACAAAGCAUUUGUUGGCCCUAUCAAGCUCUGCUGCUGUUCAACUACACAGCUUUUUUCUUGUCCCUCAACUGUCAAAGAGCUGCAACAACUGCAGUGUGGUAUGCACAAAGUUACCUGUGCUGAACAUAGUUCACCUGGCCCACCAGUAUCAACGUAUGCUGCUUCUGUCAUGCCUUCUAGCACUGGAACCCAGCCUGAUACCCUUUCUCCCAAAUCAAUCACUAUGUCUCCUCCACUUCUGACCACACCUACAACACACUCUCCUGCUCCCACUCAGAUGAAAAGUACACUUCUUCCUUUCACCAAACAAACCUCAGUGGUCCUUCCUUCUCCACCUCCUACAACAUCUACCAUACCAGUUGUUCUGUCUACUGUUCCUUCUUUUGAUGUAACAACUCCAGUCCUUUCUACUGUAUUGUCUACCAAACCUGCUACUGAAACUUCUCUGGCAAACCAGCCCAUCAUACCUACUACUGAAGUAUCCCACACUACAUCUUCUGCCGAACCUACAACAGCAGUUUUGCCAGCUACAUCUUCCCCCUCAUCUGCCAUGAACAGCACUUUUGACAUGCAUUCCAAAACCAAUUCAACUGGAAAUCCAGAACAAAUAUUUCCCAAUGUCACCAAUGGUAUUAAUUCUUCCUCUGUUGAGACCAUAAUAGCUGAAAUGGAGAGGGCAUUGUCUGCAGAUAAAAUAGAACAAAAGCAUGCUGAGGAGAUGGUAAACACAAUUAGUAAACUCCUGGAUAAUCCCCAAUUGCAAAUAUCUUCACUGUCUAAAAGAAUAAUAAAAAUAGUGGAUGCAAUUGGCUUAAAAUUGAACUUUGCGGCAGAAUCCAUUGAUUUGACAUCCCCUUCCCUGGCUCUGGCCGUUCUGAAGAUCAACAGCAGUUUCUUCAAUGGUGUUUCUUUUGCUGUUGAAGAUUCCUCAGACCUUCAGGUUGCACUAGGAAAUCAAGUUCCUACAAAUAGCGUUGGAGCCAUUUCACUCCCAUCAUCAAUAACAACAAAUUUGUCAGCUAAAGACAGGAAUUUGGCUUCUAGAAUUAUAUUUAAUUUUUAUGAGAAGACAACUUUGUUCCAGGAUCCCUCAUUGAACAACGCAUCUCUGAUCAGCAGUGUUAUAUCAUCAAGUGUUGCUAAUCUCACAGUUACCAACUUGAAGACAAAUGUCACUGUCACGCUAAAGAAUACCAAGCCAAGCCAGGAGAAUAUGACUGUCAGAUGUGCAUUCUGGGACUUUACUAAAAAUGGUGGCAAAGGAGGCUGGGCCUAUGAAGGCUGCAUGGUUAAAGACAGAAGAACAAAUGAAACAGUCUGUAGCUGCAACCAUCUCACAAGCUUUGGAGUUUUACUGGACUUAUCAAGAAAUACCACUCUGUCUCCCAUCCAAGUGCUGGUUUUGACUUUUAUCACUUAUAUAGGCUGUGGUCUUUCUGCAAUUUUUCUUUCUGUUACCCUUGUUACAUAUAUUGCAUUUGAAAAAAUUCGAAGAGAUUAUCCUUCUAAAAUUCUUAUUCAACUGUGCGUUGCAUUACUUCUACUGAACUUAGUUUUCCUCCUGGAUUCAUGGAUUGCUUUGCAUCAUAUCCGAGGACUGUGCAUCUCAGUUGCUGUGUUUCUUCAUUAUUUCCUCUUGGUUUCUUUCACUUGGAUGGGGCUUGAAGCCUUCCACAUGUAUCUUGCCCUCGUCAAAGUGUUCAAUACCUAUGUUAGGAAAUACAUACUGAAGUUCUGUGUUGUUGGCUGGGGUGUCCCAGCAUUAGUAGUAGCUAUUGUAUUGGCAAUAAAGCCAGAUAACUAUGGGCUUGAAUCAUACGGAAAGUUCCCCAAUGGCUCAUCUGAUGAAUUUUGCUGGAUUAAAAAUAACAUUGUCUUUUACAUUACCGUUGUGGGAUACUUCUGCAUAAUAUUCUUGUUGAAUAUCAGCAUGUUCAUCGUAGUGCUGAUUCAACUCUGCAGAAUCAAAAAGAAGAAACAACUUGGUGCCCAGCGAAAAACUAGCAUUCAAGAUCUCAGGAGUGUUGCUGGCCUUACCUUCUUAUUGGGAAUUACUUGGGGAUUUGCCUUUUUUGCAUGGGGUCCUGUAAAUCUUAUAUUUAUGUACCUCUUUGCCAUCUUCAACACCUUGCAAGGGUUUUUCAUCUUCAUCUUCUACUGUGUAGCAAAGGAAAAUGUUCGUAAGCAGUGGAGACGAUAUCUGUGUUGUGGAAAAUAUAGGCUGGCUGAAAAUUCUGAUUGGAGUAGAACUGCUACUAAUGGUUUAAAGAAGCAGAAUGUUAACCAAGGAGUUUCGAGUUCUUCCAAUUCUUUACAAUCAAACAGUAACUCUACUAAUUCUACCACAAUGCUAAUGAAUAAUGAUUAUUCAGUGCUCGCGAUUGGGAAUGGUAACAUCACUAGUGAGAAGAAUGGUGUUUCUUUUAAUGUGCAGAAUGGUGAUGUGCGACUUCAUGAAUUUUCAGGAAAACAGCUAGCAUUUCAAGAAACUGACGAAACAGACCCUAAAAAAUCUCGCAUUACAGUGAGAAGGACUUCAAAGAGAGGAAACCUGCACUUUAUUGAACCAAUGUGAUUUUUUUAAAGUCCCCUUUGUUUCAUAGUGUGAAUACAGAU